UGCUGACGACCGCUUUCCAAACAUCAGCAACGCAAUGGCAGAGGCGGAUCGCGUACGCCUCCACAUCACCCCCUUCAACGCAACUCUGUACCAAAACAUCGUCCCUGCCUCUAUCCAACCAAACGCGACAAACCUCUCCUACCACACGGUGCAAACUUUUCCCGAACGUGGAUUUGGCUUUGUAGAGUUACCCAGAGCCGACGCUGAUAAGUUGCGCAAAAAGCUCAACGGCGCAACACUGCGAGGUCAGAAAAUGAGUGUGCAGGAGGCGAAACCGGAAAAGAGGAGGAGACGCGACAAGGAUGACGAGGAAGGCUUAGAGGUAGAGGAAAAGCAGCCGCGCAAAAAGGCAAAGAAGGAAAAGUCGAGCAAGAAAAAGGACAAGGAGAUUACUGGCUACGAACUUCCUGAUGAGCGACAAGUCAAGCGUGGAUGGACUGAAGAGCCUGGAAAGUACAACAAGGAGAAGAAGGAAAAGUCGUCAAAGUCAAGCAGCGGCGACAAGGCGGAUAAGAAGGACAAGACACCAAAGAGGGAAAAGUCCAAGUACUCGUCCAAGCAGGAAGUCCUCUUCAAGCAAAAACUACCCGAAGGAGUCAUGAAGGCUCAAAAGGCAGAAGGCAAGGAAAAGAAGAGCAAGAACACGAAACAACCAAAGAACAUUGCCAUCAUCCACGAAUUUGAAAAGAACACACCGGUCCCUUCAUUCUUGAAGUCUGAAGUCUCGGGCAAGGGCACUGCGACUGCCGACUUUGUCGAGGGCAAAGGAUGGGUGGACGCAGAAGGAAACGUCAUCGAGGAAGUCCACGUCAAGCCGAAGAGAGAGGACAGGAUCGCCAAAAUGAAGGAUACGCCUGUCGAGAUCAAGAUCAAGCCUACCGCCCCCAAGGAGCCCGCUAUGCACAAGGACAUCACCGCUGGCGCAAAGUCUCUAGGAUACAACUCGAGUGAUGAGAGUUCGGUUGUAUCUUCGGAGAGUGACGAAGAAAUGAGUGAUGACAGUGAUGAUGACGAUGAAAAAGAAGAAGAGCUGGAGGCUGAAAAGGAAGAAAUCGCCGAAGAAAUCAAAGAGGGUGCCGAAGAAGUUGCCGCCCUAGCAGACCACGAGGAACCCACCUCUGCCUCUUCACCCAAGGACGACUCAUCCGACUCGGAAUCCGAAGACGAAGAGCCCGCACAGGACAAGGCAUCAACGCCCACUAAAAACUCUCCCACACCACAACCCGACACCCUGGACAUGUCUCCCAAACCAACCACCCCACCCCGCGAUGUCCAUCCUCUAGAAGCCCUCUUCAAGAAAAAGCCAUCCACAGACACCACACCCCGCCCUGCACCCAUAAACACUUCCUUCUCCUUCGGCAUCACCUCCGAAGACGUCGACGAAGAAAUGGUCGACGACUUCGAUCCCACAUAUCCCUCUACUCCAUACACCCGCACCCGCGACAUUCGCUCUGCAGCACCAACCCCCGACACGGCCGCCAUCGGCCGGAAAUUCUCCUUUUCUUUCGCCAACAAAUUCGCUGAUGAAGAUGUUGAAGAGGAAGGAUAUGGAGAUGCAGAGGGCUACGCAGAGGAAGAGUGGAAUGCCAACAUGGAACCCCUCGGUGUCAAGGAAAAGGCAGAAGGACAAGAAGAAACAGAGUUUAGCAAGUGGUUCUGGGAAAACAGGGGUGAUGGCAACAGAGCUUGGAAGAAGAGGAGGAGAGAUGUUAUGAAGUUGAAGAGGCAGAGGGAGAAUAGACGUGUGAGUAGGAGGGUUGUGUAGAGUGGUGUUGCAAGCUUCUGACGUCUACAAUCAAUGGCUUGCUUUUUCAUUUCAGUAUCGGUGUCUAGGAUAUUGUUGUCAGAGCGCUUGGUAAAUGAGAGCUUAACACCUUGCUUCCCAACCCCUAAAUAAUUGCAAAACUCUUGAGCUUACCAAGUCCUUUCUACUCGCAAGUAGCCAAAUUG